GACUAAUCACAGCUGAUAACACAAACAGAAGAAAAGACAGCUGCUCUAUAAUUCUGAUUCCCGAGAUUCAAACCUAACAGAAACUUUGGGAAAAGCUGUUGAUACUUAUUAAGGCAGUAUGAGUGUUUUAUAUGUGAUAGUUCUUUGUAUUUUCUUUUCGUACGCUGCUGCCGACACUCCUGCGAACUGUACUUAUGAAGAUAUUAGAGGUGUUUGGAAUUUUUAUGAAGGGGAACGAAGUGGAUCCAAUGAUAUUGACUGCACGAAUUUCGAUGGACCAAUUGUGAACACAUUAAAAAUUGAGCUCCUGUUCCCAAACGUAGCUGUGGAUGAGUUAGGCAAUAAGGGUUACUGGACUAUCGUUUAUAACCAAGGCUUUGAAGUUGUCAUCAACUAUAGGAAAUUCUUUGCUUUCUCUAAAUACACAGAUGAUGGCCAUGGUAACGUCACAAGUUACUGUGACAGCAUUUUGGCAGGCUGGAGCCAUGAUGUCUUGGGAAAAAACUGGGCCUGUUAUACUGGUAAAAAGGUUGCACCAACUAGUGGAAUAAAAGUUCAUUAUGAAAAAAGGCUUGUAGAAGGUGCAAUUUUUAGGCAAGAUAAAAAUUUCAUAAGACAAAUAAACAAAGUGCAAAAGUCAUGGGUCGCAACUGCGUAUCCAGAACUGGAAGGUUUACCAGUGGCAACUAUUUUGAAUAGAAAUGGAGGUAUAAAGUCACGGAUUCAUAGAAGUCCUAAGAUAGGUUUUGGUGCUUCAGAGGUGUCAAAAAGCCUGCUUUCUCGUUGGCCAGAACAAUUUGACUGGAGAGAUGUUAAUGGUGUUAAUUAUGUGUCACCUGUUCGUAAUCAAGGGAGUUGCGGUAGUUGUUUUGCUUUUUCAUCCAUGGGCAUGUUGGAGUCUCGAUUAAGAAUCGCUACGAAUAAUUCAGUUCAAGUUACAUUUGCCCCACAAGAUGUUGUGAGUUGUUCUGAAUAUUCGCAGGGAUGCGAAGGGGGAUUUCCUUACUUGGUGGCCGGAAAAUAUGCUCAAGAUUUCGGUGUAGUUCCUGAAGAUUGUAAUCCAUACACUGGAAAAGAUGGCAAAUGUAGUGAGAAAGAAUGCAAGAGAUAUUAUGUGGCUGAUUACAAGUAUAUUGGUGGAUUUUAUGGAGCAUGUAAUGAAGAUCUGAUGAAGCUGGAGCUGGUCGCAAAUGGACCAAUAGUAGUAUCUUUCGAAGUCUAUCCAGAUUUUCAACAGUACAAAGGAGGUAUUUAUCACUAUACCGGUCUUCAAUCUGGAUUCAAUCCAUUCCUGAUCACCAAUCAUGCAGUCCUGGCUGUCGGUUAUGGAACGGAACCCAAAACUGGCGAGAAGUUCUGGAUUGUAAAAAACAGCUGGGGAGAAGGCUGGGGUGAAAAUGGCUUUUUCCGCAUAAGGCGUGGAACAGAUGAAUGCAAUAUUGAAAGUAUUGCUGUUGCUGCAAAAAUUAUACCUUAAUGUUUAUUUUUGUGCAAUGUACAGUGAUUUUUAAUCAAAUGUUUUAAUUUGUAUUUUUAUAAGAAAAAGAAUAAAAGUUGAAAUUUCCUUUA